GGGCUGGGGCCUCUCCCAGAGCCCGCCUGCGGCCAUUUCGCCGUUCGUACCCCUCACGGCCUGCCCGGCCCUGGCCCCAACCCUGGCGCCGGGGGGACCGGCCUCGGCCCCGCCUGGUCCCCUCGGGGUUCCCCCGGGGCUUCGGCUCCCCCUCACCCAAGCAACGAGGCCGUGACUGCAGGUACUGAAACCACCGGGAACCCCCAGUGUGCCCUGGGAUGCUCCUCUUGAAAACAAUUCAUCAAGCCGUUUAAGCUGGUGUAUUAAUGACAAAAGUCCAAAAGUGAAUCAAGUUCAUGACAAAGUUUAGAAGAUAAUCCUGUGAAAUAGAAUGUUUGAAAAGAAGCAUUGAACCUAAGUUUAUAAAAAUGGAAGGAUACAAAGUACUGAAGGUAUUAGGAGAGGGAUCCUUUGGGAGAGCUCUCCUAGUUCAUCACAAAAUUACUGACCAGAAGUAUGCAAUGAAGGAAAUAAGACUUCCUAUGUCUUCAUCUGAUGUAGAGAACUCUAGGAAGGAAGCUAUUCUGUUGGCUAAAAUGAAGCACCCAAAUAUUGUUGCCUAUAAGGAAUCAUUUGAAGCUGAUGGACAUCUGUAUAUAGUGAUGGAAUAUUGUGAUGAUGGAGAUCUAAUGCAAAAGAUUAAGCACCAAAGAGGAAAGUUGUUCCCUGAAGACAUGAUCCUUCACUGGUUUGUGCAGAUGUGCCUGGGUGUGAAACACAUUCAUGAUAAACGUGUGUUGCACAGGGAUAUCAAAUCCAAGAACGUCUUUCUCACUCAAAACGGAAAAGUAAAACUGGGAGAUUUCGGAUCUGCGUGUCUUCUUGCACAUCCUGCGGCAUAUGCUUGCACGUACGUGGGAACUCCUUAUUACGUACCUCCAGAAAUAUGGGAGAGCAUGCCAUACAACAACAAAAGCGAUAUAUGGUCUCUGGGAUGCAUUCUGUACGAGCUGUGCACUCUUACACAUCCAUUUCAAGCAAAAAGCUGGAAACACCUCAUCCUAAAGAUCUGCAGAGGAUCCUACAAUCCACUACCAUGUCACUAUUCCUAUGAACUUCAAUAUCUAAUAAAACAGAUGUUUAAGAGAAAUCCCAAGGAUCGUCCAUCAGCCAGUACAAUUCUUGCAAGAAGUUGCUUGACCAAAUUUAUCAAAAACUGUUUGCCUCCUGAGGUGGCAGACGAAUUCAAGCAGACAUUAAAGGAAACCAGGAAACAUGAAGGCACGACACUGAGACCGCAAGGUAGUGUUGCGGCUGGUGGAAGCUCAAAUAAGAAAGAAAGUAAGCAAAGUAAAGAUGAAAGUAGCAAGCAUAGCAACUUGAAAAGUGAAAAUAUUUCUAAGGAUUUGAAUAAAUGCACAAAGGAGCAAAGGAAAACUGAUGCAGAGGCAGAAACUUCUGAAGUCCUCCCAGGUAUUACUGAUUUGUCACAUCCCCAUAGGAGAAAAUGGGAAAAGAGGUCAUUCAAUACCAUAGUGGAUGUCCUGGAAAAUGCUUCCUUGCUUUCUGCCAGUUUUACAUCUGAAGAGGUUAAAAAUGGCUCUGUUAUAAACUACAGUGAAAAUAAGCCACGUAAGCAGUGGAACAAGGAAACACCUCGGACCCUGCUGAACUUUCUCAGUAACACAGACGUCAGCUUAGCAUUUAAAACAUACACAAUUUAUAAAACAGCUUCUGUAAAUACAUUAAGAGGUCCACUUUCUGAUGAAACUGAAGCAUCUGAUGAAGUAGAUGGGGAACACGAAGCUAUUGUCAUAGAUUCUGAAAGACUUGAGCCUAGAUCUGAUGAAGAUGACACGGACUUUGAGGAAGAUGACCCAGAUUGGGUGUCGGAACUGGAAAUGGUACUCAAACACAAUGACUGAAAACUUACGUUUGGAAUUUUUUCUGCAAUAAUGAAAGUUAGGCUAACCAAUAUGUGUAAUCCAAAUUGUAUUUGUUGAUAAUAGUUGUAGUUACUAGUAAAAUGGUCUUG